AAUAAGAAAUUUUUGCCUCAUUCUCUUAAGCCCCAUGAUUGAUUGUGCUGAUUCUUCCUCUUCAUUAUACACAGAAAGUUAAAGACAACAAGAGUAUAAUCUUUGUUUUGUUGGCUUGUGACUCUAUUGUAUCUAUAUAUCUUCCAAAUGGGGGGUACCUCUCCUUGUGCUUCUUGCAAGUUGUUGAGACGCCGUUGCUCCAAGGAAUGCAUCUUUGCACCUUACUUUCCUUCUGAUGACCCCAGAAAGUUUGCCAUUGUACAUAAGGUCUUUGGUGCUAGCAAUAUCAGUAAGAUGCUGCAGGAGCUUCCAAUUCAUCAAAGAGCAGAUGCUGUGAGCAGUUUAGUUUAUGAGGCAAAUGCAAGAGUGAGAGACCCAGUAUAUGGGUGUGUUGGAGCCAUAUCAUACCUACAAAGCCAGGUUUCACAAUUGCAAAUGCAGCUUGCAGUGGCUCAGGCAGAGAUUCUAUGCAUCCAGAUGCAGCAACAAGACCCUACCUUAGGGGCCACACAAGUAGUUGACCAAGAGGAUCACAAAUCACUGCUUCUAUGUGAAAACAAUAACAACUACGAAAUCCUUCCUCACUAUCUUAGCUUUCCUUCAUCUUCUUCCUCAUCUUCCAAUGUAUUCCAAGACCAUCAUGAGCCUCUUAAGAGAGAGUCUUUUUGGACUUAAUUCAACUUUCCAAUCUUGCUUCAAUGAAUUCAAACCGUUUAUUUCCAAA